CGCGGGCUGGGGUCGGCGCGGGGAGGCCGCGGGGGGGGGGCGGCGCGGGGGGGCCUCGAGCGGGGGUCUCGCCCCCGACCCCGCCAGCGGUCCGCGGCGGUCGUUGCCUGGGAGUCAGCCGCGGGCGGAGCCGCCGGUCCUGAGUCGGGGGCCUUGGGCAGCGGCCGCAGACCUGCUCACGGUCGCCCCGGGCGGGUCCGCUGCUCGAGCGAUGGCGGCCGGCGGGCAGGUGAGCCCAGGGCGGCCACCUGCCCUGGAAGAGGUGCAAGCGGGACCCCUCGCCGGCCUUCCCUGUAGGCCCGGGAGUUUUUACUUGGUCAUGCUGCCAGGAGCCCCCCCGCCCCCAUGGCAAUGGUCACUUCCACCCACCUCCUAGAAGGAAGCAGCAGGCCAGACAUCUAAAUGCUUGUUCUUGCUGGACUCUGCUGACCUGUCCACUCUCACCCUGCAGCACAGCUGUCCUUCGGGAAUAUUACGUCGGCAUCAGGGCCAUGAUCAUAGAAGGCUAAUACCAGGGUUUCCCUUUAGGUGCCUGUGGGGGACUCCAUGACUACAGGGCCUCCAGCCAUGCUGCAGCUGGCCCUCCCCCUCCUCCACCGCCCUGGGCCUGAAGGGCAAGCUGUGGCUGGUUUUCUCCUCUGUGCCUCGCAGCGCAGGACAUCUGAUCCCUCAUCCCUGAUACUGGGUAUCACCCGCAGCCCUGGAAGGAGUCCGCUCCUGGGUUGGCUAGGCUGCCAUUGCCCUUGAGGGCUGGUCCCUGGACUAUGCCGUCCAAGCUGGCAUGCCCGGGACACUCAGAAGCAGCUCCCCAGCAGCCUGCCUCCAGUGGGCACCCACAGCCUGAAGACAGAAUGCUCAAGGGGCAGCUUCCAAAUACAGACAAAGAGCUCACCUCCCGCCCCGGGUCCCCACCCACUGACAGCUGUCAGGGCCCCGGGAAGGGCCCAGUGCUCCCUCUGACCAUUCCAGCAAAAAUCAGCAAUGAGGACUCACAGGCUAAAGCAAAACCCUUCACGCCAAAGCCACCGACAAGGCCCAGGCUGGAGCGAGCACUGUCCCUGGAUGACAAGGGCUGGAGGAGGCGGCGUUUCAGGGCCGGCCACGAGGACCUCGCUGCCCGGAAUGGGGCCAGCUCCUCCAGGGGCUCCCUGCAGGAUGAGGUCCCGGGCACCCCUGCCCACAGUUGCUCCCCACCCUGCCUGAGCACCUCCUUGCAAGAAAUCCCCAUGUCCCGCAGGGCUCCAGGCAGUGGGGGUGGGAGCCCCUCCUUGUGGGGUGCCAGUAUCUCCGGGAGGAUCAGCACCUCCCUGGACCUCCUGCACCAGGACAGAGUCUCGGCUGGGAGCAUCCCCAGGCUGGCCAGUGUUCCUCCCUCACACCUGCUGCCCGCCAUGGACCAGAACAUUGCCUCCGACUCUCUGCGGACAGCAAAUAAGGUGGACUCAGAUCACGCCGACUACAGGCUCCACCUGCAGACCAGACUGUUCCGGGCCCACAGCAGCCUGGGCCCUGGCCGGCCCCCAAGCGUCCUGGCCUGUGAUGACUGUUCCCUUCGUUCGACCAAAUCCUCCUUCAGCCUCCUGGCACCAAUCCGCGCCAAGGACGUCCGGAGCAGGAGCUAUCUGGAGGGGAGCCUCCUGGCCAGCGGAGCCCUGAUGGGGGCAGAGGAGCUGGCGCGCUACUUUCCCGACCGGAACAUGGCCCUCUUCGUGGCCACCUGGAACAUGCAGGGCCAGAAGGAGCUCCCCGCAAACCUGGACGAGCUCCUGCUGCCCGCUGAGGCUGACUAUGCCCAGGACCUGUACGUCGUCGGGGUCCAGGAGGGCUGCUCCGACAGGCGGGAGUGGGAGGUGCGCCUGCAGGAGGCCCUGGGCCCACACUACGUCAUGCUGCACUCGGCGGCCCACGGGGCGCUGCACAUGUCUGUGCUCAUCCGCAGGGACCUCAUCUGGUUCUGCUCAGAGGUGGAGAGCUCCACGGUGACCACGCGCAUCGUGUCCCAAAUCAAAACCAAGGGGGCCCUGGGCGUCAGCUUUACCUUCUUCGGCACCUCCUUCCUCUUCAUCACGUCUCACUUCACCUCUGGGGACGGGAAGGUCAGUGAGAGGCUGGUGGACUACACCAGAACCAUCCAGGGCCUCGCCCUGCCCAGGAGCGUGCCGGACACCAGCCCCUACCGCUCCAGCUCAGGGGAUGUCACCACGCGGUUCGAUGGAGUGUUCUGGUUUGGGGACUUCAACUUCCGCCUGAGUGGUGGGCGCGGGGCCGUGGAGGCCAUCCUGAGGCAGGCCCCGGGAGACACAGCUCCUGCUCUGCUGCAGCACGACCAGCUUACCCGGGAGAUGAAGAAAGGGUCUGUCUUCAAGGGCUUCCAGGAGCCGGACAUCCACUUUCCUCCAUCGUACAAGUUUGACAUCGGGAAGGACUCCUACGACUCCACCUCCAAGCAGAGGACCCCCUCCUACACGGACCGCAUCAUGUACAGAAGCCGCCACAAGGAUGACAUCUGCCCGGUCAAGUACUCCUCCUGUCCUGUGAUCAAGACAUCUGACCACCGCCCCGUGUACGGCCUGUUCCGGGUGAAAGUGAGGCCCGGGAGAGACAACAUUCCACUGGCUGCCGGCAAGUUUGACCGAGAACUGUACUUAAUAGGCAUUAAAAGGCGGAUUUCCAAAGAGAUUCAGAGACAGCAAGCACUGAAGGGCCAGCACUCCAGUGCUAUUUGUGCCAUUUCUUGAAGUUUGCCAGAGGAUUCGUCGCCUGCAACAUGGGAGGCUAUCUGACCGGAGCUCCCUGGAGAAGGCGGAAGAGGCGUGGUGGGACCUCACCCGCUCUGGGACUCCAGUGAGCCUCCGCCACCAGAGCCCAAGGGACUGUGACACUGGCCAGAGUGGCCGGGGUCCUGUGUCUUAUUUACAGCCGAUCCGAAGACACACCUCGGAGCCCUUCUCUCCAGCGGACGGAGCAGGGCCACAGUCCUCGGUCCCUUUGCAUGUUCCAUCCGGGCCCGCCAUUCCACGUGAGCCGGGCCCGGCCUCUGCGGCCCCCUCCCCUCCCCUUGCUGCGCCUCUCGGCAGCACAGCGCCCCCAACCUGGACCAAGAGUCGCCCUUCCUCAUCUGAGCACAGGGGCACUGUACCUGGGAAGCUGCUCGGGGUUGGGGGGCCUCAGGCCCCAGCUGCGCUGGGCGGGUCAGAGGCUGAGGCCUCUGAGGUCGGGGCUGUUCCCGGGGGCCUGGGCUCCAGCAUGGAAUCCCCUCCCUCUCUUUUGCUGGUUUUGGUGACUGGAGACUAUUGUAGUCACCCCAGCCAAGGUGACAUGAGCAGUGCACUCCAGGGUGAAGCUGUUGGGAGCUUGGCAUCUCUCCACCCUGCCAGCCUAGGCUGGCACCAGCACAUUCUGAUUUGUUUCUUCUUAAAGGGUUUAGAGUCAGUUAUCACUGUCUUAUCCAGUCUCACAAAAACAAAAUACGCCUUGAAUGCGGGAAAACCGAGGGGCAUUCAAUGUAGUCUUUUAAAUUAUUUUUCCCUAUUUGUAUUUUUAAAUAAAUGUGCAUGUUGAGUCUUGAACUCUUCCAGGCCAGAUUGAGCCCUAGAGAGCGGCAGUGUGUGCACACGCCCAGUUCCUAAAGCACCCUGCGCGGGGUCAGGCCCAAAGGUCCCAACAACCGGUCCCCGCUCACCUCUGCUGCACGGGCUGCUCUGCCCCCGCGUGAGCUGGGAAGGGGUUUUUAGGGAGGAGGGAAUACUUUAGACUCACUGACUCAAGACGAAAGGAACAGUUAAUUCCAACAAAUAGCAUAUAAACUAUUAGCAUCAGCUUCCAAAAUAUGAACAUAAAUUUCAAAGCAAUACCCAAACCUAACUCAAAUGGGAGAGAUCCCACUGAGGAUAUGGCCAGUCCAUCUAAUUCCAAGAAACUUUUCAGAUGAUGUGCAGGCAUACAAUUUUGCUCAAAUGAAUGUGUUUCAGUCAGUUAACUGAAAGUUUGUUGAAAGAUUUUUGUGGCAAUAGAGCUUGCAAAUGAG